AUGGCUGAUUCACUAUCAGUUAAUGUUGAUUCUCCACCUAAGCUCGAAUUGUCUGCCGAACAAGCACAUAGAACUAUCCAUGAGGCCGAAUACCCUCCUCCAUCUAACAUCCAAAAGGCAAUUGCUGAGUUCGUGGGUACAUACAUUCUAAUAUUCGCGGGCUGUGGGGCUGCUCUUGUUAACGAGAGGUUGCCACUUACAAUAGUAGGCAUAGCAAUCGUUUCAGGUCUAGCUCUGACUGUGGCUAUAUAUUCUGUUGGUCAUGUCUCUGGUGGCCAUUUCAAUCCUGCAGUGACAAUUGCCUUGGCUGCUGUCCGAAAAAUUCAAUUGAGACUUGUGCCUACUUAUGUGUUGUGCCAGUUGAUGGGUGCUACACUGGCCAGCCUCACCCUCAAAUUGUUGUAUCAUGACAAGGUGGAUUUUGGAGUAACAGUGACUCAAUACUUGAGUUCAACUUCUGAUCUUGAAGCAAUGAUGUGGGAAUCCAUAAUCACUUCCAUACUGAUGCUCACUAUUUGCGGUGUUGCCACUGAUCCCAGAGGGAGCAAAGAACUCGCUGGAGUUGCAAUUGGAAUUUCAGUUCUGAUUAACGUCAUCAUUGCCGGGCCUAUUACUGGAGCUUCCAUGAACCCUGCAAGGAGUUUGGGACCUGCUAUCGUGUCUGGUGAUUACAAAAACAUUUGGGUUUAUAUCAUAGGCCCUACUCUGGGAGCAAUUUUAGCAAGUCUACUUUACAGAUUCCUAGAAGUAACCAAACCAGCAGAACCUGAAGACCGUACCCGAACCAUGUCACACGAGCAAUCAUAA